AUGUCCCGGCGGCGGCCGAGGGGCGGGACGCAGCGGAUGGACGCCGCGAUCGACCACUUCGCCAUCAUGGGCUACCGCAAGGCCGACGUCCGCAGCGUCGUCAACCGGCUGCUCAGGGAUGUGUACGGGAGGGAUGGGUGGCCGUUCCUGGAGGACAGCUGCUACUCCGUCGUGCAGGACGCGCUCUUCGAGAUGCAGGAGGAGCAGGACAAGCUGCAGCUGCAGGCCGUGCAGCAGCCGCAGCAGGAGGAUGGGGAUACGGAUGGGGAUGACGGUGGUGGUGGUGAUGAUGAUGAUGAUGAAGCUCAGCAACAGGAAGCAGCAAUGAUGGAGCCACCGUCAGAAAAUGCCAUGCCCAUUGUGAUGGUUGACACUGAGGCACAACCUUCUGAGACUGUGUUAGCCGUUGAGCAAACAGGGGAAGUGAUCCCCAUGAUCAUGGACCCACCUGCUCCCACAGCUGGGCCGCCACAUCCGGCAUCUACAGGAACUGGUCGCACAAGGCGUCCCUGCUAUGGAUGGAUCUCUGAAUCUGAGAGUGACUCGGACUACGAAGAAUAUCUUGCACGUCGACAGAAGCAGGUGCAUGUCCCGGCCAAGUAG